AUGGCAGCGUACUCGACAGGCGCCAGCUGGUCCUUUCCGGACGACAUUCCCGGCUCAUUUCAACAUGACGAGAGGAAAGACACUGCAGAACCGCCUCGAGAUGACACCACAAAGCCAGAACCAACUGCUCGCGAGCCGCCGCCGAAGCGCAGACGCACUCACUGGCCGCCCCGCACAUGUCGAAUCUGCCUCGAAGUCGUGCAGCCGACCUUUCACAACGACACUACUUCGGCCCUACCUUAUGUCGUUCAGCCUCCUCCACGAGUUACAUACGAGAGCGAAGAUGGUGGUCGGCUGCUGAGUCCGUGCAAGUGCAAAGGGAGCCAGCGAUACGUGCAUGAGGAGUGCUUGAAUGCGUGGAGAAAGGCGGAUCCCAUGCAGAAGCGCAACUAUUGGGAAUGCCCUACAUGUCGCUACCGGUACCACCUCCAGCGCCUGACGUGGUCGUCGUGGAUCAGCAGCACAUCGGCCCAGCUUGGUCUAACCUUGCUCAUCUUCAUCACCUCCAUUUUCAUCUUAGGCUUCAUCGCGGACCCCAUCAUCAACAUGUAUCUGGACCCGGUAUCUACCAUCGCUACGGCUGGCGGUCCUACGGGCUCUCUGAUCUACGAAGACGAACCUACGACAUGGCUCGAGCACAUGAUCAAAGGACUUGCUUCGCUGGGUCUUCUAGGAUUCGCCAAAUUCCUCUUCUCGCUUUCACCCUUCCAGUUUAACGUCCGGACUGGCGGUCUCAUGGGCAGCAGAAGUGCGGUUGGGGGCUCGGGCAGAGAUCGCUUGCAGCAGCUCAGCUGGGUUUCCAUAGUGGUUGGUCUCAUCACAGUCCUCUACGCCGUUUGGAAAGGCGUGCGAGCGUGGAGCAGACGAACGCUCGAGUCAGCUGGCGAGCGCGUGUUGGACGUACCAGGCACUGCCGAUGAUGACGACGACGACGACGACUGA